AUGGCGUCCCGCAUUGCAGCGUCGGGUGUUGGUUAUAGGGUCACAUAUGAGGGUCCAAUACGAAAAUGCGAAGUAACAUUUAAUGCUCCAAAUCGAACGAUGUAAUUAGAUUAUAGGUAUGAGAAUAUAAACGAUAGCAGGAAAAAUCUAGCAACCACGGUACUUUGAGGCCUGAUUCAGACGCUGUUCUUCACAGAAGCAGAGUCGGUUUGAAACGGCAGUGCACCAGCGUUAAUACAGACACCGAACUUCAAAUUUUAGCCAAACUAACUGCAUAAUUUUGAAAAAAAAUUGAUAUAUUCUUACUGCAUUUUGAAGCUUUAGUUCGGUUGGAUUAAAGAUUGGCGGUCCUAAAUUAAUUUCAGUGGGCCCAAACUCAAAUUUAAUCCUAUAAAGUACGGCGUCUAAACCCCCUGAGAAUAAGACGGCAACAAUUGUUUAUGAUUGUACUUAACAGUAACUAAACAAAAGUGUUCAGAACGGAUUAAGGUGUUAUAAACAAAGCAAAAUUUUAGCGAAAUUUACUGACGCGCUUUUUGCCCAUUGCACCACUCUGUCUAUUCAGAGUGAAACUCAAGUCUCGUUGACCGGUGGUUUCAUGGAAACGGUGCUCUUGGUGCUUCUCGCCAUGACAGCCGUAUGGACAGCUGCGGGAGUGACGAUAACAGCCCCUGGGUUGGUUGGACGGGACCUGCAGCAGCUGCAACAACAGCAACAGGCAAUGAUUAGUAUAAUGAUGAACAAUAGAGGUCCACCAAUCACUGCUGCCCGUUCAAUAUCGGAAAAGUUGUACCACCACUCGAAGAUCCCUGCUCGCACAAAAACACUUUUCAAGUCUAGUAGGACUUGA